CAAGAACGGGAGCUUUAGUGCAAAAUGGAUGCAAAUGUCGAACAAAGGCGGGACGACGGAGAAGAAGAGCAGAAGAAGAUUCCUUCCGACCAGCCGCCUCCAUACGCCGAGCCACAGCCUCAGACUGCACCUCCGCCCAGUACUGCCAACGUUCAACAGCCAGUGUUGGUGGCGACUGAGGUGGUGAUCGGGCCUGAGUCGUGCUCCCUGGUGUGCCCCUUCUGCCACGCGGCCGUGAAGACCCGGGUGGACGCAGUCAGCAACAGCAGGACACACUGCAGCGCCUGCAUCCUGUGUCUGGUGGGAGGCCUGUGUUGCAUGUGGAUUCCUUACUGUAUGGACAGCUGCAAAAGCAAGAUACACUACUGCCCUAACUGUGGUGCUUAUAUUGGCACGUAUGACAAAUGAUGUGUUCGUGAUAACACAAAAUAUGUAAAAUUUUUAUUAAUUAUUGUUACAGAAACGCAUGAAUUUGGUGUUUAUGACACUGCAACUGCAUGGCCAUUAAUAAAUAUUUAUUGUUUGCAAA